AAAACAUAUAUAAACCCACCCACAUUUAACUCUUCUCACAAACCCAUUCAACCUUCUUUCCCCAUCACCGGAAUCCAUGACAAUCGCCGACAACAUCCACGACGACAUCUUCCAAACCCACAUUUUGACCAAACUCGACGGUCAAACCCUCGCCGCCGCCGGCUGCACUUCUUCCAAACUCCAAUCCCUCUGCUCCGACCAACACCUAUGGUCGGAUAUCUGCCACGCCACGUGGCCCUCCACCGCCGACCCUCUACUCACCACCACCAUCUCCGCCUUCUCCUCAGGCCACCGCUCGUUCUUCUCCGACACCUUCACUUCCCCCACGCGCCGCCUAACUACCGCCACGCGCCGCCCCACAAAUGAAAUAAUCUCAGCCGUUGAUCUCCGGUACGCCGGAGAACUUAUAUUUUCUAAAGUUGAGUCAACGAAGACUGUACCGAGUGACUGGUUCCAAACGUCGCCGUUUCGGGUUGAUCUACUUGAGCCGAAAGAGGUGGUGUUGUCCGGGGUGAAGUUUUCCGGUACCGGAGAUGAUCACGUGAUGUUAUCAGAGCUUGAGAAUAAUAUGAUGUUGAGUUGGAUUGUUAUUGACCCGACCCGGAACCGGGCGGUUAAUUUAUCUAGUGGAAAACCGGUUUUGGUGCAACGGAAUUGGUUGUCUAACGGCAUAGAGUUGACGUUUGCAGUUGUUGUGUCCGUUAAGGAUGAUGAUUGUGUCACGUGCAAUGUGCAAGUCACGUGCGGGGUUAACGAAGGGCGUGGAGAGUUAACGGUGAGAGGGGUGAGUUUAACGGUGUUAGAUGUGUAUGGUAAGUGUUUGAGUGGGAAGGAUAGCAUGGUAAUUUUGCAAGGUAUUAUGGCAGGUGAGAGGCGGAGGAGGGGUGGAGGGGAGGAGGAGAGAGUGAGAUACCGUGAGUAUAUGCGAAUGAGGAGGGAGAGGAACGAGAGGAUGGAGAGGAGAGAGAGGCGGCUUGAUAUGGCUUGCAUUGCGAGUGGGGUGGCAAUCUUCGUGGCAUUUUGGUCAUUUGUUAUGUGUUAAUAUCUCACCGGUUGGAGGAGCAAGUACAAUGCGAAUCAAACGGACCAAUUUUUUUUUUAACGGCAAGGAAUGACGUGCCAACCACUGUGACACCGGGCGUUGUGGUCAAGGUCGACUACUUGAUCGCCGCCAACCUCUUAUAAAUUAAGUUAAUGAAAAUUAAUUUGAUAAUUGAUAAGGAUAAAUAGUGAGACGAGAUACAAUUCUUUUGUUAAUUUGAUAAUUAUUAUAGCCAUAUAUACUUUUUAAAUUAAGUUAAUGAAUAUUUUUUUGUGAGUUUCAUUUUA